GCCCCUAGCGCGCAAGCGCGCCGAAGAUGAACUCGCCCGGGGAGACAGUUCCCCCUUUCUAGUAACUUCCCUGAUUCGGAUCGUCAUCAGUGCGCGCCGCGGGUGAGUUGGGUUGUUUCUGUCCGCCGCUUUAGGACUGAGGCCGCGGCGCGGAGGACUCGCCAGGAACCGUGUGGUUGGAGCGAGUCGGGCCCUACCUGCCAUGUCGGAGAGUGCGGAGAGUUCUGCGGAGACCCACAGCUCCUCUGAGUCCUCCGCUCAGAGCUUCGCUGCUGCCGAGCCGCGGAUCAUCAAAAUCACGGUGAAGACUCCCAAGGAGAAGGAAGAGUUCGCUGUGCCCGAGACCAGCAGCAUCCAACAGUUCAAGGAAGAAAUCUCUAAGCAUUUCAAGUCCCACACUGAUCAACUUGUUUUGAUAUUUGCUGGAAAAAUUUUAAAAGAUCAAGAUACUUUGAUUCAGCAUGGGAUUCACGAUGGACUCACUGUUCACCUGGUCAUCAAAAUGCAAAACAGAUCACAAGACCAUCCGGAUCAACAAACGCACACCACUGGCAGUAUUGCUACCACAUCAAUAUCGAGCAGUAAUACCUCAACACCAACUUCAACAAAUAUCAAUUCUUUUGCCUUGGGUGGCCUUGGAGGUUUGACAGGCCUGAGUAGCCUGGGUUUAAAUGCAUCAAAUUUUUCAGAGUUGCAAAGUCAGAUGCAACGACAACUUAUGUCCAACCCAGAAAUGAUGGUUCAGAUAAUGGAAAAUCCAUUUGUUCAGAGCAUGCUUUCAAAUCCUGACUUGAUGAGACAGUUAAUUAUGGCUAACCCUCAAAUGCAGCAACUGGUACAGAGAAAUCCAGAAAUCGGUCACAUGCUGAAUAAUCCAGAUAUAAUGAGACAGACACUAGAACUUGCUAGAAACCCUGCAAUGAUGCAGGAAAUGAUGCGAAACCAAGACCGAGCCUUGAGCAACCUUGAAAGCAUACCAGGUGGCUACAAUGCCUUGCGACGUAUGUACACAGAUAUUCAGGAGCCAAUGUUGAAUGCAGCUCAGGAACAGUUUGGAGGUAACCCAUUUGCUUCCUUAGUAAGCAAUGCAUCAUCAGGAGGGGACAGUCAGCCAUCUCGUACAGAAAAUAGAGAUCCUUUACCAAAUCCCUGGGCUCCUCAGUCCAGCUCUCAGAAUUCCACAAGUACCAGCACCAGUGGUGAGAACAGUGGCAGCAGUAAUGUCGGAAAUAGCACCUCUGCUAGUAUGGGACAGAGCUCAACUAUACCAAAUUUGGGAUCUGGACUAGGAGUUGGUAUGUUCAACACACCAGGAAUGCAGAGCUUGUUCCAGCAGAUAACAGAAAAUCCACAACUUAUGCAAAAUAUGUUGUCUGCACCCUAUAUGAGAAGCAUGAUGCAGUCAUUGAGCCAGAAUCCUGAUCUUGCAAUACAGACGAUGUUGAAUAAUCCUUUAUUUGCUGGAAAUUCUCAACUUCAGGAGCAAAUGAGACGACAGCUUCCUACUUUGUUUCAACAAAUGCAGAAUCCUGACACGUUAUCAGCUAUGUCAAACCCUAGAGCAAUGCAGGCUUUGCUACAGAUUCAGCAGGGCUUGCAGACAUUAGCAACGGAAGCACCAGGACUUAUACCAGGAUUCAAUCCUGGUUUAGGUGGAUUGGGAAGCACUGGAGCUCCUACAGGGUCCACUGUACCUAGUUCAAUUCCCAGUGAAAAUACAAGUCCAACAUCAGGGGCCACUGAUCCUGGUCACCAGCAGUUUGUCCAACAAAUGUUGCAAGCACUUGCUGGUGCAAAUGCUCAGCAGUUACAAAAUCCAGAAGUUAGAUUUCAGCAACAACUGGAGCAGCUGAGUGCAAUGGGCUUUUUGAACCAUGAAGCAAACUUACAAGCUCUGAUAGCAACAGGAGGAGAUAUCAGUGCAGCUAUUGAAAGGCUACUUGGUGCUCAGCUUUCAUAGCACUGUUUCUUUAACUUGAAAAAAUGUAAUUUAUUUUUGAUAACAGCUCUUAAAUCUUUAAAACAGUUGCUUUAUUUCAUUCUGACUCUUGUGUUUUCCUUGUUAUAACUAAGUCAUGCAUUUUAAGGUCAAGUGCAGUAGUUUUCUUCAAAUAGGGAAUUGAUGCAUUUUCACUCAGUUGUUGUGUGCAUCACUUUUGUUCUUCAUUAUUUCUUAAUUUUUUGGAACAAUAUCAGCUUUCACAGUUGAUUGAGUAGGUUUUGUCUGACUUGCAACUGUCCAAUUUAUUUACUACUAAACCAUUAGCCUUCAGUAGUAAUUUAUGUAGGAUACAAAUUCAAAAGGAAACAAUUGAAAGCUAUAACAUGUGGGUACCAGUGCUGCUUAUGAUGAUUUCGGCAUGUAUUUUUUCUGCUAGAAAAAUGCUGUAAAAUUUAUACCACUUUGAGUAAUCUACCAUUUUUGCUUUUAUUUGUAUGAAGUAUAAACACGACAUAUACAAUGAAGACAUCUCAUUUCUAUAAAUUUAUACAUUGCAAUAGAAUGAAAUUAUAAGUAACCAAAAAAGACCAGGGGAAAAAAAAGUAUGAAGACAUGGGGUUUAGUGUAGAAUCUUCCAGCAUAUUAGGUAAACAUCUCAGAAAAAAUGCUUAGGCAAGUUCAUUUAAAAUAUAUUAGAAUUACUGUUCUAGUUAUAUCUUCACAUCUAGCCAUAAAGAAACUUGCACUGUAACAUUGUCUCAUCGCAACAUUGUUACAGGUUAACUGUAAAUUACCUUUGUGCAAAUUAAAGGAGCACUGCCUUGUGCUCUGAAAAGGUUUCUAAGGCAUUUUGGCUUGUUCCAUUGAGAUUCUAACAAGCAUUAUGAUUUUUAGAUGGAAACAUUACUUUCAGCCAUUGUCAUGUGAUAUUCUAAUUAUUUUAACCACCAUGAAAAAAAAUACUGUAUAUCUCUUGAGUUUUUAUUGGUAGUUACCUCUCGUGCACAGGUAAUAAACUAAUUUAAAAGUAUUUAAGCAUCUUGUUUCAGUGUGUUUGCAAUGGGUGAUUAUCCAGCAUUCAAGAUGACCCAAGAUGAUUGAAGUGUCAGCUCUGGGACUAUUUACAGACUUUGGGCUAAGAUUAACAAACAAUACUUGGAGUAUAAAGUGGAGGACAGAGAGGAAGGCUCAUAUGAUACUGAAGACUGUUUAGAUAAAGUGAAAGUAGUGAAAUAAAGCAUUCUGCUGUGUGUUACAGAAUAGCACUUACUUUUUAUUGGUCUUUGGUGUCAGUGUAAUUGUGAACAUUCUGAUUUAAUUCUUGUAUUUCAUUAGACACUUCAUCUGAACAAUCUUUUGGUACAUAUAUAAAGCCAGUUUGUUCUAAAAAAACAUUGCUUGCAAAUGGUUUAAACUUACUGGUCUUGACUCAAAAUUGUUAAUAAGUUAAAUGAAACAAAUUUAUAAUGGGAUAUAAAGGAGGGCGUUGAGCACACUUUCUUUUACAUACAAUGAAAUUAAUAAAACUUGGCAAAACCAAGCAUGCAGAUUUUACAGGGAGUAACUGUGUUGUAUUCUUCUCUCAGAAGUUUUUACUGUCCAGUAAUCUUGGCUCUUACUUCAGCAGUAAGUAAAUAGAUCAAAUACUGCUGAUGCACAGUGCUGCGUAACGUUCAAGAAAAUAUAUUGGUUGGCAGACCUCUCUGCCUCUAGAUCAAAGUCUCAUAGAUAAGCAACAUAGAAUAUUAAACAAAUAAAACAAUUAAAAUAGAAUCUCAUGGUGAUUUGAGUUUUAUAUGAUCAAAGCUUUUAAAAAUACUUAAAGUGUGGAUAGGAAAUUAUUAUUACUUUUAUUUCUUAGUCAAUGAUAGUAAACAUGCAAGGCACUAGACCUUCGUAGUGCCUCCUGUUUGGGUAAGUAUCUUUCACUGCGUUGAGUUUGAGGCUCUUAGGGAAGUGAUAGCAAGUAGUUUCUGUAGAAUAAUCACUACUUUUUAACAAUUACUUUUAGGAUCUUCAAAGUAACUAAUUCAACUUGACCUUAUAGCAUGCCCUAUAGGAAGUUUGCUUUAAAAAAGUGAGAUAUCUAGUAAUUCAGAAGGUAUAUCCUUCUAAGAAUACAAUCCAUAACUUGCAAAAAGGCCACUGUCAAAUGGAAAGGGAAAAGCUGAAGUAGGGAGGGGAGAGACUUUUGCCAAGCUUUGCUAAGGUAUUGAAUCUUAACUCCAUUGAACAUUCUUUUGAGACAAGAUCCAGUUCACCUAUGUAAGUAAAACAGAGAUGCGAUAUUUUAAGUCAAAUUCAAUUAGAAUUUAAGAAAAAGUAGAAUUUGACCUAAACUGUACAAUGAACCAUUGAGCUAAGUUGAGAUACAAUUAAUAAUUAAUUUAACUAUGUAACUACUGUCAACUAGUAAUAACAAUUAGUAACUGAGUAGUGGUAAAACACUGAGACAUAUUUAGUGUAUAAGGACUUUUGGUUUUGUAGGAGAAGACCUUAAUUGUUAAAAGUGGCAGUAGAUGAAACAAGGUUUGUAAUAGGGGUAAAAAUGUAUUGUGUUCAUUAAUAAAAGAUACAUCACACUUGGUUUAAUGGCAUAAUAGAAUGUUUGUUUGCACACUCUCUCGCCACUGUCUCUCUAGUCUUUUAGGCACUCACUUUUGAAGAUGUCCAAUUUCUUGUUGGUUAUAAAGGUUUGAAACAUAAUAUUACUGCUUGGUAAAUAUGUCAUGCAGCUGCUUUCCUAUCACUGUAGUUUCCUGAAUUAUUUAGUUAUAUUGUGUCUAAAAAAAAUAAGCAUAAAUUUGCAUUUAAUAGUGAGUAUAUUCAAAAAGUUCUUUGCUUGUAGAAUGGUAUACUGGGAAAAUAGGAAGACUUCAUUAAAAGCAAAGGUACCACAAGAGGUUGCCUUUGCUUUAAUUUUCAUAGUGACUAAAUUUGCAUGGCAAAGUUAAAAAUAAUAAUCUAUGCUAACUGUAUAUGGCGAUGAUUCUGUUCAGGUCUGACUUGUAGAAUCUUACAUAAACUAUCUAUAGAGUUUUCAUGAAGUUAAGCUAAAGAGGCAUCUCUUGUUUAACAAGGACUUUAAAAACCCUUUUGUCAAUUCAAAAGAGGAUUUUAACCUUAAAUUUUGUGAGUUAUGUAACUGACUAUAUUUAGAAGUUUCUGAUCACAAAAAAAGUUGAAAUAUGUAUUUGAAGUUGCUUGAUCUUAGGUUUUAAAGCAGCUGUAUGAAAACCUAUCCAUAAGUGUAUAUUGGACUGGGUAUAGGCUGAGAUGGAAGCGUGAAGUAAGAUAACACACAGGUACCCCCAAAAUGCCAGGCAGUGGAAGGAUUGCAGGAAAAUAUUUCCGAAGUUGAGAACACUAGACUUAGAAGCAAAUUCCUAAUGGCGCUUCAAACACACCGGGCCUGAGAAAAGACACUUGCUGAUGUCAAAGUCCCUCUCAAUGUAGCUAGAUCGGCAGUUAUGUGGAAGCAGCACAUGCCAUCAGGCUCAAACAGUGCACGUAGCAGUGAAACAGAAGGCAGCAUAGCAGCAAUUGGACUGGGUAAGUUCUCAGGUGCAAACACACUGCAGGUGCUCUAUAUCUACUGCAUGGAGAACAUUAAUAAGAUCUCCUCUUGGUCUUCUCCAGGCUAAACAGGCCCAGUUCCAUCAGCCUUUCCUUGUAAGUGAGAUGCUCCAGUCCCCUAAUCAUCUUUGUAGUCCUCCACUGGACUUGCUCCAAGAUCUCCAUGUCCCUCUUGUACUUAGGAGCCCAGAACUGAACACAGUACUCCAGAUGUGGCCUCACCAGGGCUGAGUAGAGGGGCAGGAUCACACAAUUUCAGUGUGCACAGAUGGAAGUCAGCCAACCCUGUUGAUGCCUUAGAAUUUUUAAGAUUUGUAGCAAAUAUGGAUUUUUAGUAUGGCUGCAAAGUUUCUCACACUUUAGAAUAGCAGUUGACAGUUCCUAAACCCUGUUCUCACGCUUCAUAUUGAAUUUUCUAAAUUCUUUAGGUUUGUGUAAUGUUCUUCUCAAGGAAAAAGACUCUAGCAAACACAUCUUGUUUAGGACAUAUGCACCUGGACCGGGAAAAUAAGAUAUCAUUGUAGCCAAAGCAACCUUGAAGGCCCAGAAACCUUGGAGAAGCUCCAAAGACAAUGAGGAGGAGGAGGAGGAGGAAAAAAGGGAUCUUGAGACCUCCAACUCAAUUCUGGGGAGGCCUGCCGGGGGGGCAGAUUUGGGUAGAAUCUGAGGGCAGAUAGUUCUCGGAUUGGAUGGAUUAGUACUAUAAAAUUGUAGAAUCCCUGGACACAGGGGUUGCGCCUAUGUAUUGUGUGCACCUGAAGGCCUUCAUUAAAGGACUGCUCUCUAUCUUAUCUAUACUAAUAUUGUUUGGAGAAUUUUUCUUCCAUUUUAGGCAUCACUGCGAUU